UUAACACAUACUAUGAGUUUUGUCAGUUUCUUCAAGAUUCUUUCACACUCGUGUCAUUCUCAUCCACGAAUGUGAAGGUGAAGGAGCUAAAAGCAAAGAAGACCCUACAGAUUCCAAAUCUUGAUGACGUGGAUAAGCUAUUGACAUGCCACGUGGACAUAGAAGCCCAAAAGGCUGAUUUCUCUUAUCAUCUUCUUAAUCUCUCUCUCUUUAUACAACUUUACUCUCUCUGUUUCUUCUUCUAAAUUUUUUCACAAAGUCUUUGAGAAAGCAAGAAACUUUACUCGGAGAUUAGGGACAAAGAGAUGUUGAAGAGUUCAAAGAUCUGAUCUUUGAGAUAGAUAAUGGGAGAAAUGACGGCGAGGUCUGCAGUUUUAUCGUCGGGGAUGUUCAGAAGUUACCACCGGCCGGUGACGACGGAGGUGAGAUCAAUAAUACGGUCUAGAGUGAAGUGCCAAGUGUCAUCCGUAAAACCCGCCACGUAUUCAUCAAAACUCUCAACAGAUAUUCCUCUACACGAGUCUCCUCAGGCUUUGUUCGAUGAGUAUUUGGAAGAUAAGUCAAGAUUAUUCGAAGCAAUGUUUCCGGAUAAACCCAGAAGCUAUAGGCUUAACGAGGAAGAAUGGAGAAUUCAGAUGUUACCAAUAAACUUUCUCUUCCUUACUGUGUGUCCUGUGGUGGAUAUGCGGUUAAGAUGCAAAUCCAACGGUCAAGAUUAUCCGCCAGAUGUACCUUUAGAUAUAACCAAAGUUCUUGAGCUCAACAUGAUGAGAUGGAAGCUUAAAGGGCUUGAUCGAGUAAUGGAACCGUCUGAUUUCAGUUUGGAAGUCAAAGGAGCAUUGUACCCUGACCGAAGAGGAAAGCAAACAAGGCUCAGAGGUCAACUAGAGAUGAACAUAAGCUUUGUGCUUCCUCCGGUUCUUGAGUUGGUACCUGAAGAUGUUCGGAGAAACUUGGCCAAUGCGGUUUUGACCGGUUUAGUGGAGAAUAUGAAGCAUAAGGUUAAUGGGAGCUUGCUUGCUGAUUAUAGCAGGUUCAAGAAUGAAAGAAAAUUACAAAAAGUAAUCGAGUAAACCCGAUUUUUUUCGUCACUGUUCGAGUUCGACCAUGUAUAGAGUUUUCAAUCCGUUCAUAUGUCAGGUGAAAAGGAGUCUCAAAUUCUUUACGUGCAAAAACCUUAAACGUCAAGUAUUUUGAAACAGAAAGAGUAUUAGCUAGAGCUUCGUUCAAACCUUAAAA